AUGCAUUUCUCAACGCUCCUCGCCCUCCUCCCCGUCACGGCCCUCGCGGCCCCCCCUACCCGCCGCGCCCAGCCGGCACCCCUUCUCAAGCCCCGCGGCAUGGGAAUCAAGCUGGUGGCCGACAAGUACAUCGUCCGCAUGAAGCCCGAGGCCGAGACCGGCGCCCUCGCGACCGCCAUGUCGGCCUUCUCCGCCGACGCCGACCACGUCUACAACUUCGCCAACAACUUGAGGGGAUUCGCUUCGACGCUGAACGCUUCCGAGAUCGAGGCGCUGCAGAACGACCCCAACAUCGACUUCAUCGAGCAGGAUGCCUACAUGAGCAUCAAGGCGACGCAGCCCAACGCGCCAUGGGGACUCGCGAGACUCUCGAGCUCGUCGCCCGGAGGAACGAUGUACAGCUAUGACGACAGCGCCGGAGAGGGAACCUGCGCUUACAUUAUCGACACUGGUAUCGAUGUCACUCACCCCGAGUUCGAGGGCCGCGCCACCUUCCUCGCCAACUACGCCGACAACGACGACACCGACGGCCAGGGCCACGGAACCCACGUCGCCGGCACCAUCGGCUCCAACACCUACGGCGUCGCCAAGAAGACCAAGCUCUUCGCCGUCAAGGUCCUCGACGAGAACGGCGAGGGCACCAACUCCGCCGUCAUCGCCGGCAUGGACUUCGUCGCGGCCGACGCCGCCGGCCAGCAGGGCUGCGAGAAGGGCGUCGUCGUCAACAUGUCCCUGGGCGGCCAGGCCUCCAACGCCGUGAACCAGGCCGCCGCCGCCAUCGUCAAGGCCGGCCACUUCCUCGCCGCGGCUGCCGGCAACGAGGCCGCCGACGCCGGCACCUCCAGCCCCGGGUCCGAGGAGUCCGUGUGCACCGUCGGCGCGACGACCGAGCGCGACACCCUGGCCGAGUACUCCAACUUCGGCGCCGCCGUCGACAUCCUCGCCCCCGGCACCGAGAUCCUGAGCACCUGGCCGAACGGCAGGACCAACACCAUCUCCGGCACCUCCAUGGCCAGCCCCCACAUCGCCGGCCUGGCCGCCUACUUCCUCGGCCUCGGCAACGCGCCCAAGGACCCCGUCGAGCUGUGCAGCUACAUCGCCGAGAACGCGCUCGACGGCGCCAUCGGCCAGGUUCCCCGCACCACCGUCAACAAGCUCGCGAACAACGGCUUCGGCGGCAACGGCACGGCCAAGGCCAUCAACGGCACCCGCCCCGUCCCCAGCAGCAACCUUGUUUCCCGACAGGUGAACAAGAAGUUCAACCUCCGUCACGCCCUGUCCAAGACUACUCUUUUGUAA